AUGAGCCCGCCCCAACGCAGGCCGUCGCAGGACUACGACCCAGCCGGGGCCGCCGCGGGCCCCGCCCCCGCCCCUGCGCCCGCCCUCACCCCCGUGCAGCCAGAGACCAGCGUCGACGACCAGGAUCACGUCGAGGACGGCCACGACGCGGAGCCCGGCCAGGAUGACGGCCCUCCAGAAGCCUCCCCCCGGAAGAGGGCGGCCGGCGAGCGCGGCGAGCAGACAGGCACCUCGGCGAGGACCCCAGGCAGGACACCGGCCAGGACGCCGGGCAGGGAGAACUGGAGGCUGAGGGAUGACCCCUCCAUCGGGCACGUCUGGCCCAGCGACUGGGGAAUGUACAAUGAGCACCACGAGCGCGACAGCCUGAACGGGGCCGCCUCCUCCGCCGCGGAGUCCCCCACGGGUCUCGGGGGCCUCGGCGGGCUCGGCGGUCUCGGCGGCCUGGGCGGCCUGGGCCUCCCGGACAAGAACGGCGUGCACGGCCGAUGCGGACGCCUCCGGGGCGGCCGCACCUUCCUCAAUCUGCUGUCGGGCGGGCGCGCCAAUGUGGCUGCCGACAUGCUGGAGCACACCGAGCCGUUCUGCCACCUGUGGGUGACGCUGAGCUCGCUCUACGGCAAGCUCGUCAUCGUCUUCAUGCUGGCCUUCUGCCUCACGGAGGUCAUGGACAACCCCGUGAGGCUGCUCAGCUUGCAAGGCGUCUUCCUCAUGUACCUGUACGUGGGCAGCAUCGCCGUCAUCAUCUGCAUCUACAUCUGGGUGCUGAUGGACUCGUGCGCCUCCCUGCACCACGGCGACCCCCGGCGGCCGUCGGCCCUGGACGCCGAGUGCGGCCACGCCAUGUCCCGCUUCGGCUCCCUCAAGCGGGCCCACAUCUCCAGGGACAAGACGUCGGGCACCAGCUUCUACCUCCGGGUGGGCGCGCUGGCCUUCGGCCUGGGCACGCUGGUGUUCAACGGCCUGGAGAUGGCCAUGCACUCCAUGAUGGAGGGCUCGUGCCUCAACGACGUCGUCUUCGUGCACCCCGUGCUGCACGGCCUCUUCACCUUCCUGCAGAUGCACUUCCUGUUCGUCAACUCUCAGGUGCUGGUGGAGAGGUUCGGACUGGCGGCCCGCUUCGGCUUCAUGCACUUGGCGGCCACUAACCUGGCGCUGUGGAUCCGCCUGGUGGUGUGGGAGUCGGGCAACGAGUGGACGUACUUCGUGCACCUGGCGCAGAGCGACGGCUACUCGUACUCGUACGACGGCCGCGGCGACCACGUGCCCACGCCGCUGCAGCUCCGCGGCUUCCCCCGCUCCGUCACCGACAGCAUGACGCAGGCCGCACUGUCCGCGCCGCGCGCGCGUCGCGACCUGGGCCUCGCCAACCACACCUACCGCACGCACUACCAGCCUGUGUCGGACAGCCACAUCUCACAGGUGGUGUCCCUGCACCAGUGCCUCAACACCAACUCGCUGGGGCAGCUGUGGACGUCCUCCAUGCCGUUCCUGUACCCCUUCAUCAUCCAGUUCAGCCUGAUCGCCGCGGCCGUCACCUUCGUGAUGGGCCAGCAGGUGGGCCGCGACCGGCUGCCCGCCGUGAAGCACCGCAAGGGCUCGUCGGGCGGCGUGCUGAGCGGCAAGGCGUGCGGCGUGCGCACCGCCAUGCACGCCGCGGCCCUGGACUGCGCCGGCGCCUCCAAGGGCCUGUUCCUCGGCCUGCUGUGCCUCGUGGCCGGCAUCGUCGUCAUCAUCAUCUUCCUCGUCGUGAAGGAGGACACCGACUUCCCCGCCGAGACCGUCUUCUGGCUCACCACUGGCGCCCUGGCAACGGUCCUCACGCUGAGCAUCCUGAUGACGGCCGUGGGGCUGGUGCAAGUGCGCAAGCUGUCGCACUCGGGCCGCGAGCCGUCCGCCCUGGACCGCCUGCUGUCGUCCGCGACGGUGGCGGGCGUGCAGCUCUACACGGCGUUCGGCAUCGUGGUGGGCGCCGCGGGCGUGGGGCUGGUCCCGGACAUCCUCAAGCCAGCGCCCUCCUUCCCGGACGGCGCCAGCGUUGCUGCCCCGGACGACGACGUGGUGUCCAUCUGGCCGCCGAUGACGCCGGACCAGCGGCGCCACGCCAUGCUGCUGGCGGUGUCGGGGCUGCAGAUGCUGCAGGCCUGCAUGCAGAGCACCAUGCUGGCCGAGGCGCUGCGCCGCACCUCCAUCACGAGGCACCAGGCCGAGUCGCGGCCGGCGCGCCAGGUCGUCACGUUCCUGCUGUGCGCCAACGCCGUGCUCUGGGCCUACGACACCUUCGUCACGCAGAGCUGGCUGAGCCAGGAGCUGCAGCUGCGCUUCUACGGCGUGCUGGCGUGGGGCGUGGUGUCUCGCGUGGGGCUGCCCCUGCUCGUGUUCUACCGCUUCCACUCGUGCGUGUUGCUGCUGGACGUAUGGCGCCGCUGCUACCAGGCGCCGCCCCGACUGCAGGACCUGCUCGACCCGGGAAACUGACGUCGGCGGCCGUGGGGAUCCCGUCGUGCCCGCCCGGCAAGGGCGACCGCCACCCCCGGCCCAGAAGGCCCACUGCCCACCACCACCUCCACCCCCACAG